CCGAAACAUCGUUAUCCAGAAACGCUAUAUGCAUGUCUGUCCGACCAGCCGUAAAGAAAGGGACCUUUCAUACGGCCGUAAAUUCUCCUUCUCUGAAACCUACGCUCAACGUUGAACAAUGGGAAGCCAAAGCUCCGCUCAGCAAUCGUGAAGUUAACAGUGCUGGUGUCAUGAAGGCGGCUUGCGAAAAGCCUCCUCUGCCGCACAAGUUCGAUGGGAAUGAGCUUUCUUCCUCUUCGCGUCCAACCACGCCCUUGGGUCGCGCUCAUGCGCGUCAUGACUCCUCCCGUCUUGGACCCAGUGGGAUUAGCUCAACCCCAUCACGACCAAGUACCCCUGCUUCUGGGUCCGGAAAUAUAUCUGCGCAGAGCCUGCGCCCUGCGGCGACGCAUAACCUUCAUCCUAAACAACCCAUUAUAACGCCGGAACAAUUCUAUGAUUGGUUCACGCUGUUGGAUCGCUCUGUGGCGCAUAGUCAGGAAGCUCAUUUUCGUGCCCACGUCGCGGGCGUGUCAGCGCACUUGGAUGCAUGCGAUGCGUUGGUGGAGCGGAUCGGUGAGGUGGAUGGACAAGUUGAGGGCAUGCUUGAGGGCUGGAGAAGUGUUGAGGAGGGUGGAAGAAGCCUGAAGGAAGCAUGUGAACGUUUGUUAGAAGAAAGGGCCCGUCUGAUAGAUCUCACGGAGGAGAUCGGCGCACGGUUGGACUAUUUCCAGGAAUUAGAGCAGGCGAUGCGGAUGCUGAAUCGCCCGGGAGAAUCUCUUGUGCUGCAGGCGAACUUUCUGUACAUGGUGGAACGGGUGGACAUAUGCAUCGACUACCUCAAAGCACACCGAUACUUUCGAGAGGCGGAAGUCUAUCUGCUGCGUUUUCAACAAUGCAUGACCCGCGCGAUGACUCUUAUCCGAAUGUAUUUUGUGGGCUCCUUGAAGGCGCUUUCGGCUGAUAUCUUGAAAAAGCUGUCAGAGAAGGACGUAUCAAGUACAGCUCAGAUGCAUCUUCUUUACACUAGAUUUCAGAGUGUAUCGUCUCAGCUAGCUCCGCUGUUAGGUGAGUUAGAAAGACGAGCCCAGACGCAUCCAGUGGAACUAUCCGCAUUAUUGGCGGAAUGUCACACGGCCUAUUUUUCGACAAGAAAAACGCUGUUGGUCGGUCGGCUGAUGGAGGAAAUCAGGGGAUUAGAUCCUGGUCGGACAGAGUUAGUGGAGUUGACAAGGGCCGGCUGUAGCUAUCUAAAGCAGCUGUGCAUGGACGAAUUCAAGUUAUACCAAUCGUUCUUCACUACAGGCGAAGAACAGCUCUACCAAUAUCUGGAGAAUCUCUGCGACUAUCUUUACGAUGACCUGCGGCCUCGGAUUCUCCAUGAACCACGGCUGACAGCUCUUUGCGAAGUCUGCACUGUUCUUCAAGCCCUCAUGGUGCUCGAUGUGGCAUCAAUACCUGAGGAUGAUGGCGAACCUGCUCUGUCUGUGGACUUGGAUCAAAAGAAACACAGCCUGGGCACUUUGCAUAUCAGUCAUUUACUCGAGAUGAUAUUACAGGAUGCGCAGACUAGGCUUUUUUUCAAGGCUCAAUCGGUUAUCCAGUCAGAUAUCCGGUCCUAUGCCCCUAAACCGGAAGAUCUGGCUUACCCAGAUAGACUUGCUUCAAGUCCUUACUGCCAGAGAGAAAGAAAGCUUCAGUCAGCUGUUUCGGCUUCCUACAAUCGACAAACAGGAGACGUGGUUUCCCACGUUACAAAAGACCGUCUGGGUCCUGUCACAGUUGCAUGAGUUUGUAAAUGUGUGUAUAGUAUCUUCUUUUUGUCUCUGUAUCGAUGAUUUCCAGCCUGCGAUCUUUGCGGACAUCGCCCAAGAAGCGGUGACUUUGUGUCGCCAGUCACUCAUCCUUGCAUCGGACAUGAUAAAACAGCGGACAGGCUCGUCUACCAGCGUUUUAGAUGGCCAGCUUUUCCUCGCACGUCAUCUUCUCAUCUUGAAAGAGGUGACCGAUCAUCUCGAGCUUGCUCAUCGAGAUGCAAGCGAGUUUCAGUACGGUGUUACUGACACCUUGGCUUCGAUGCUGAACACCACGACAUCGCUGUUUCCCGGCGCGCUUUUCGCAUCACUUGGAAUGCCGAGGACCGAGGAAGGUAUUCAAGUCGCCAAGCAUGGCAUUGACCACGAUCUCAAACGCGUCUGCGAAGAAGUUAUCGCUGAAUGUUCUGCGCCGAUCUCCUCUCCCAUUGUCGCAUGGGUGGCGAAAAUCGGAGCCUUGAACGCACGAAUUGCCGCUCUCCGUCCCGACAAUUCAGAGCCAUCGUCGACGGCUCAAACGGUCUUCCAGCAAUCUAGUGCGGAAGAACUAGAGCAUAAUUUCCGCAUUGCCUGUGAACGCGAUCUACGCAGUGCUGCUGCACGAUUGAAUCUGUAUCUCGAAGAUGACCGAACUGUCGGCGUUUUAUUGCAGCACGUGAAGGAUCGGUUGGUGGACGACUACGCCCUCUUUAGGGAUGUCGUCUGGAAUAUGUUCGAUGGGGGGAUGCGUGAAAGGCUCCUGGGGGCAGUCGAUCUGCGUUUUCUCUUGGACAGAGUUUGUGAUUAUAAAGUCGAGUAGACAGACAAUCAAGGAAAGCCGUAACUUGGUC